UAGCUUGAAUCUCUGCAAGCAGGCAAGAUGUCCAGCACACCACAUGACCCUUUCUAUUCUUCUCCUUUUGGCCCAUUUUAUAGGAGACACACACCAUACAUGGUGCAACCAGAGUACCGAAUAUAUGAAAUGAACAAGAGGCUGCAGUCGCGGACGGAGGAUAGUGACAACCUCUGGUGGGAUGCCUUUGCAACUGAAUUUUUUGAAGAUGAUGCAACCUUAACCCUUUCAUUUUGUUUGGAAGAUGGACCAAAGCGAUACACAAUUGGAAGGACCCUCAUUCCUCGUUAUUUUAGCACUGUCUUUGAAGGAGGUGUAACAGACCUGUAUUACAUUCUCAAGCACUCAAAAGAGUCAUACCACAACUCAUCCAUCACAGUGGACUGUGAUCAAUGCACCAUGGUCACUCAGCAUGGAAAACCCAUGUUUACCAAGGUAUGCACAGAAGGACGUCUUAUCUUGGAGUUUACUUUUGAUGAUCUUAUGAGAAUAAAAACAUGGCACUUUACUAUUAGACAGUACAGAGAAUUAGUCCCACGCAGCAUUCUAGCCAUGCAUGCACAAGACCCUCAGGUGCUGGAGCAGCUGUCCAAAAACAUCACUCGAAUGGGUCUGACAAACUUCACCCUCAACUACCUCAGGUUGUGUGUAAUACUGGAGCCAAUGCAGGAACUGAUGUCAAGACAUAAAACUUACAAUCUAAGUCCUCGAGACUGCUUGAAGACUUGCUUGUUUCAAAAAUGGCAGAGAAUGGUGGCCCCACCAGCAGAACCCACAAGACAACCGACAACCAAACGGAGAAAAAGGAAAAACUCUACCAGCAGCACUUCCAACAGCAGUGCUGGGAACAAUGCAAAUAGUACCAACAGCAAGAAAAAGUCAGCUGCUGCAAACCUGAGUCUAUCAAGUCAGGUACCUGAUGUGAUGGUGGUAGGAGAACCAACUCUGAUGGGAGGCGAAUUUGGGGAUGAAGACGAAAGGCUUAUCACUAGAUUAGAGAAUACACAGUAUGAUGCAGCAAAUGGCAUGGAUGAUGAAGAAGAUUUCAACAAUUCACCUGCACUGGGAAAUAACAGCCCGUGGAACAGCAAACCUCCUGCUAACCAGGAGACUAAAUCUGAAAACCCCACACCACAAGCUUCCCAAUAGGUUAUUCUGCAGCAGUACCCACUGCAAUGUCUGUCAGUGGGUUAUUAAUUACUGUUUCACAGCAUUCUUCAAAAAAAAAUUUAAAAACCACCUUUCAACAGAUACAGUAUCUAUUUCUAAACUAAAGCUAUCUGAUUUUUUUUAAUUAGGGAAAACUCUUGUAUAAGCUUCCAUAUACAUUUCUUGGAAGCAUUCACAUUCAACAUGAUACUGGCACUGACCUCAAUUAAAAUAAUUGAAUAUUAAAUAGCAUCUCAUGGCAAAUUUCUGACAAUGCAUUUUAUUGGAAGGGGUUGUUUUUUUCCUCAUCAAACAAUGGCCAUAUUUUAACAAGUCAUCAGUGCUCAGGAUCUCAUUAACGUAACUAUGUAAAACUUUUUACAAUUGUAAUAUAUUUUCUGCUUUUCAACUUGCACCUGAAAUUUCUUGUUUCAGAAGAAAUCAGCUUUUAGGGAAAAGUAAUUUAAAGUAACUUUUGUUCUUUCUUUAACUUUUCUUUCAUCGGUUAAUCAUUUAAAGGACCCAGCAUUUUUAAUUUACGUUUAGCUGAUGCCAGUAGAUACUCUUUCCAUCAUUUAAUAAAAAUGCUGAAACAAGAAAUGUCUUUUUUUCAUCAAAGACAUGAGAAAUAUUUUUAUGUGGAAAAAGACACCCAGUCCUAUGAGAGUUUAUGCUUUGUAAAAUUGCUGUCGAUCCAGAUAUUUUAAAGCCAUGUAAUCCAUUAACUUUGUGGGCAGCUUAAUAAAUCUAAAACUUUUGUGUUUUUAUUAUUG